AUGCUAAAACUCGACAAAGAGAGCCAUAUCGGUUACAUCUCGUCACUAGACUCGAAGCGGGACGACUAUGAGUACUGGCUUUCGGAGCAUUUGCGUUUAAACGGCGUCUAUUGGGGACUUACCGCGCUAUGUGUGCUUGGUGCUAAGGAUACAUUUGAUAGGACGAAGAUCAUCGAGUUUGUACAAAGCUGUUGGGACUCGAAAGCUGGUGGUUUUGGAGCUUUUCCUGGACAUGAUGCACAUGUCUUGACGACUCUUUCAGGAAUCCAGAUUUUGGCCAUUUAUGAUGCUUUGGACGUCCUUACGGAAACACCAACCGAUGAGCAUACUAAAGACAGAAAGACACAGUGUGUGGAAUUCUUUAGGAGCAACCAGCUGCCAGAUGGCUCUUUUCAGGGUGAUCGGUUUGGAGAAGUCGAUACGCGGUUUGUUUAUGCAGCUUUGAACGGACUAUCGAUUUUGGGCAAAUUGACACCGGACGUGGUAGAUCCAGCAGUUGAAUUUAUCCAACAAUGCUACAACUUUGACGGUGGAUUUGGACUGUGUCCAGGAGCCGAAAGUCACGCUGCAAUGGCACUGACUUGUCUCGCCGCGCUGGCUAUCGUCAACAAGCUAGGCGUCUUGUCCUCCGAACAGAUUGAAGACAUAGGAUGGUGGCUAUGCGAAAGGCAAGUACCAGAAGGGGGACUUAAUGGCCGUCCUAGCAAACACCCCGAUGUCUGCUAUAGCUGGUGGGUAUCCUCCUCGCUGGCUAUCAUCGGAAAACUUGACUGGAUCAAUUUCGACAAGUUACGCCAGUUCAUACUGCAAUCUCAAGACUUGAAAAAGGGUGGAAUAAGUGAUCGCCCCGAUAAUGAGGUCGAUGUAUUUCACACUUGCUUCGGGGUGACUGGUUUGAGCUUAUUGGGGAAAGACGACUUAGUGGAGAUCGAUCCUGUGUAUUGUAUGCCAGCUUCAGUAACACAGAGUUUCAAAAAAUAUCCUUAUUGA